UUUAUGUGAAGCACUUUGAAUUACCUUGUUGUUGAAAUGUGCUAUACAAAUAAACUUGCCUUGCCUUGCCUACUGUAUUUCAGAUUGUAACAUGAUGUCAGCAGUAUGCUCAGCCAACUGGUUAAUUUUGCCAGUGGUAAGGUGACACAAUAUGAUUUAUAAUACAGACUUUGUAAUAAGCAGAUCAAGCACAGAUACAACAUUUGCUACAAGAUCCAUAUUUUUGCGCACAAAAUAAUGACCCCUGACGUUGCUGUGACGUAACGUGACGAAGCCGGAAGUAUCCCACCUCCACCCGACACGCUUUGAGUUGUCUGCAACCGAAGUGUUAGCUACAGUUAGCAUUACUCUUUUUUUUAAAUCUCGAACGGCUAUUCUCCCCUGGAAGAAAAUGCCUUCACUAAACGGAAAACCCGAUGUUAUAUUCGAGGACGAUGAUCUGCCAUACGAAGAGGAGAUCAUCAGGAACCCAUACUCGGUCAAGUGCUGGAUACGUUACAUCGAAUUCAAACAGAAUGGAGCCAAAUCCACCCUCAACAUGAUCUACGAGCGCGCUCUGAGAGAGCUGCCCGGCAGCUACAAGCUGUGGUACAAUUAUCUGCGAGAGAGACGGAAACAAAUCAAAGGGAAAUGUGUCACUGAGCCAGGAUAUGAAGAGAUCAAUAAUUGCCAUGAAAGAGCAUUGGUGUUCAUGCAUAAGAUGCCCAGACUGUGGCUUGAUUACUGCCAGUUCCUUGUAUCUCAAUGCAAGAUCACAAGAAGCCGGCAAACAUUCGACCGGGCACUCAGAGCUCUUCCUGUUACUCAGCACCCACGUAUCUGGCCUCUGUAUCUCCGCUUUGCCCGUAACCUUCCUCUGCCCGAGACAGCAAUCCGAGUGUACCGCAGGUACCUUAAGCUUUCUCCAGAAAAUGCAGAGGAGUACAUAGACUACUUACGGUCUGUUGGCCGCUUGGAUGAAGCAGCUGUGCGACUAGCAGCUGUUGUCAAUGACGAAAGCUUUGUGUCCAAAGAGGGCAAAUCUAACUAUCAACUGUGGCAUGAGCUGUGCGACCUGAUCUCCCAGAACCCCGAUAAAGUGACGUCACUCAAUGUAGGGGCCAUCAUCCGAGGAGGCCUCACUCGCUUCACAGACCAACUUGGAAAACUCUGGUGCUCUUUAGCCGACUAUUACAUUAGGAGUGGUCACUUUGAGAAGGCCCGUGAUGUGUAUGAGGAGGCCAUCCUUACAGUGGUAACAGUACGGGAUUUCACACAAGUGUUUGACAGCUAUGCCCAGUUUGAGGAGAGCAUGAUCGCAGCAAAGAUGGAGACCACAGCUGAGAUGGGGAAGGAUGAAGAUGAGGACAUAGACAUGGAGCUCAGACUGGCCCGCUUCGAGCAGCUGAUAGCCCGGCGGCCCCUCCUAUUGAACAGUGUUCUACUGCGGCAGAACCCUCAUAAUGUUCAUGAGUGGCACAAGCGGGUCAAAUUGUAUGACGGCAAUCCACGGCAGAUUAUCAACACAUACACUGAGGCGGUGCAGACUAUAGAUCCGAUGAAGGCCACGGGGAAGCCUCACUCGCUCUGGGUUUCCUUCGCUAAAUUCUACGAGGAAAACGAGCAGCUGGAUGAUGCCAGGACCAUUUUUGAGAAGGCUACCAAGGUGAACUACAAGCAGGUGGAUGACCUUGCUGCAGUGUGGUGUGAAUAUGGAGAGAUGGAGCUUCGCCAUGAGAAUUAUGAACAGGCGCUGCGCAUACUGAGGAAAGCGACAGCAAUCCCAUCCAAGAAGGCGGAGUACUUUGAUGUAUCUGAGCCGGUCCAAAACCGAGUUUACAAGUCUUUGAAGGUCUGGUCCAUGCUGGCGGACCUGGAGGAGAGUCUCGGCACUUUCCAGUCUACCAAAGCAGUUUACGAUCGCAUCAUUGACCUCCGCAUCGCCACGCCACAGAUCAUCAUCAAUUAUGCCAUGUUCCUUGAAGAGCACAACUACUUUGAGGAAAGCUUCAAAGCAUACGAGCGCGGUAUUGCUCUCUUCAGGUGGCCAAAUGUUUAUGACAUCUGGAACACUUACCUCACCAAGUUCAUUGAUCGUUAUGGGGGCAAGAAGCUGGAGAGAGCUAGAGAUUUAUUUGAACAAGCCCUGGACGGCUGCCCUGCCAAGUUUGCCAAGACCAUUUACCUGUUGUAUGCCAAAUUGGAGGAGGGCUAUGGAUUGGCACGACACGCCAUGGCUGUCUAUGAAAGAGCAACGCAGGCAGUAGACUCUGUUGAGAGACAUCACAUGUUCAAUAUCUACAUCAAGAGAGCAGCUGAAAUUUACGGAGUCACGUAUACCAGAGCCAUUUACCAGAAAGCUAUCGAGGUGCUUCCUGAUGAGCAUGCAAGGGACAUGUGUCAGCGAUUUGCUGACAUGGAGAGUAAACUUGGUGAGAUCGAUCGGGCCAGAGCGAUCUACUCCUACUGCUCGCAGAUUUGCGACCCACGGGUGACUGCAAAUUUCUGGCAGGCCUGGAAGGAAUUUGAGAUCCGCCACGGAAAUGAGGACACGAUCAGAGAAAUGCUGAGGAUCAAACGUAGUGUCCAAGCCACAUACAACACCCAGGUCAACUUCAUGUCCUCUCAGAUGAUGAAGGCAAUAACGAGCUCCACGGGCACCGUGUCAGACCUUGCUCCGGGCCAAAUGGGAAUUGAUGACAUGAAGAUGCUGGAGCAGAAAGCACAGCUGCUUGCUGCAGAGGCCGAGCAGGACAAACCCAAACCCAAAGAGAAGAUUCUCUUUGUCAGGAGCGACACCUCUCGCAGCGAGUUGGCUGAGCUUGCCAAACGAGCCAAUCCUGAUGAGAUUGACAUUGACGAUGAUGACGAGGACGAAGGUGAUGAAGGCCAGGGACCAGAAGAGGUGCAGCUUGAACAGAAGAGUGUCCCCACAGCCGUCUUCGGAGGCCUUAAAGAGGACUAAAAGAUUCCUCCCACGCUGUAUUUCUCAAAGAUGCAAUUUUCUGAUUUCUCUUGUAGACAUUGAAUAUGCUCCAUUUUUUCAAAUUUGUGUAAUUCCUUAGUUGUAUCAAUUUACUUUAUAGAAUGGCAGCAUUUUUGCCUUUUUUUCCAUCCUGGUGGAUUUUUGUAGUACAGUACACAAAUACAGGACCUUGUAUUACUUUUGGCCAUAUGGUGUCAGUCUUUCUCAAAUAUCAAGCUCAAGAUAAUUGUGCAAAUGAGCAGUCUUCUGUUAUGAAAUACUACUAUGUGGUUACGUGAUAACUGUAACUGAAGUCUGGUGAAGUUCUUGUUUCCAAAAAAAACGUUUUGUAAAAGAAUUAACACGUUUGUACACUUAAUAAAUGCAGAGCUCUUGUUCUGACGGGAAGCUCUGCCCCAGAAAACAAAGGGGGAGGAGCAUUAUUUGUUUGUUUUCAACAGGAGGCGUUCAUUUGAAAGUGGAGCUGAGCAUUCAAGCCUCACAUUGUUGGCUCGACGAUCUCUAGUAUGUGGGUGUCUUGCAAAACCCAGUGAUCCUGAAAAGAUUUCAAAAUUAGUAAACAAAAGUUAACCAUCCAAAUAACUUUCUGGUUGUACAUGUAUUGUACACGUACACGUUUGCUAAGUUGAAUAAUAGGAUGGUAGUAAAGCAUUUAAAACUUAUUAUUCAGUAGCCCUGCAGUCAUUUCCUCAUGCCCACUUCUUGUGCCAGGUGCAGGUGUUUACUUUCCCACUGAUCAUUUUAGAAGCUGGAGGUAUUAAUGCUGUAGUUUCUGUCAGUCAGUGUUGUUGAGGGUCUGAUCGUGACCCAAUGCAGUUUGAUAAUUUUUGGUAUGGACAAGACUUUCUUUUUAGGUUCUCUGAUUGCCACUGCAUAUGUUUUUGUGAAUUAUGCAUCAUCAAUUCUAACUGACAAGCUGGUGUAUUUGAAUGUCUGAAACUUUAUUUACAUGUCUUGAAAUUUGCAGUUGUGAUAAAAAUUGAUUUAUAUCUGCAAAGCAGUGACUUUCAUCUGACGGGAAAUUCUGCACUAAAGUAAUUUGGUUUUCUUUCAGAAGGCACAUUUAAUUUCUGCAAAGCUCCUUUCUUUAGUCUGACACUAAACACAUCAAGAUUGAUGUGCUCCAAUAAUAGAUGUGCAAAGUAUUUGUCCUUUGAGAUUAAAUAUGAUGUACAUCUACUUCAGUAUUUAAUGUAAAAGGCCUCAUGCUUUUAAUUGUUUUCAUCCCACCAUAAGAGUUAAAUGAAAUGAGGGAUAAAUUGUUUCUUUCAUAAUUAGAUUGAAAUAGCUGAGAGGUAAUCCUCUUACAAAGUUACUGCAGCUGGGCACUGAGUGCUCUUGGAACAUCAUGUGAUGAUGAGGCUCUCUUGAGAUUUCAGUUUUUAAAUGGGAUGGUGCUUCUGGAAACACUUCAAAACCUAUCGAAAAGAAACUCCUGAGUCACAAUUAAAAUGAAAAUUAGAGGCAAAUUACACUAUUUUCCCUUCCUGUAUAGAUUUACAUACAAUUCUAUAUUUACGCUGUUCCUCUUGUUCCAGCCUUUCUGUUUAUACAGCAGUCUGCUUUUAAAGUGCAGCAAGGUAUGUAAACAACUGAACAUAUCUGCAUGUUUUUGACAUUGCUGCUAAUUUCUAACUAUUAUUUAAUCAGGAGCUGAUUUAUUGUUCUGAUUACCCAGCAUUGUAAUGUGUCGUAUGCCUAGCUCUUUAUUUCUUUAUUUGCAUGUUGUUGGGCUCUGGAGAAGCAGAAAUAAAUGACCAAUUAACAUGUUACAUUUACAUUGCAUGCUCUUAUAUUGUUCUUUAAUUCAGGACAAACUUAAAAGCAUUGACGAAUACAAGCUG